AUGGAAGAAGAGGUUGCUAGCAGUGGUGACAAUAUUGUCACGGAGUUUAAUACCUAUGAAGACUUUUUAGAUUCACAAAUAACAUCGCUAGACCUUUAUUAUUUAGAGGAUGAAGAGUUAGCUAGACAGUUAGUGGAGUUAGGUUAUAGAGGUAGUGGUGAAGUGUUAAAAAGAGAGGAAUUUGAAGCCAGAAAACAAGCAGCUGAAGCCAGUAGAUUGUCAAAACGUAGUCAACAAAAAACAUUGGCCAGUUCAGGAAAAGAACUCAAAGAUCCAUUUUAUAAAUGUUUAGCUCAAAGAGAAGAGGCUAAUAGAAGUGGGAAAAUGACGACUAUAGUAUUUAUUAGAGAUAAAAAUGCCAGAGGACAAGAAAUAUCAGGAUAUAUUGAUUUUGCUCAUAGAUUAAAAACAGAAGAUUUCGAACCAUAUUUUAGUGGUAGAAAAAGAUUAUUACCUAGACCAUCAGAUCUCAGGUAUGUAUAA